CGCGACGGGGAGGAGCCGAGCGGUCCGCCGGCCGUCCGGUACACGAUUUCAGUUCAUUUGGCGUGGCAGUGCGUGAGGGAGUGAACGUGUACUGGUGUUGUCUGUUAUUUUAAAUUAAUUUUACUAUAUUUAUAGGUUGGGGGAAAGCUUGUGUUUGCUUAGAGUGAAAAGUAAAGCGGCAAAAUGGCGACAGACAUUGACCUUAGCGAUCCGGAUUUGAAAUACCUUACCGUUGAUAGAAAAUCCUUCAACGAUCCAGCUGCUCAAGCAGAAUGGACCACAAAACGUUUGGUAUGGAUACCACACGAAACACAUGGAUUCGUCGCGGCUGGAAUCAAAAAGGAGAUGGAGAGGGGAGAUGAAGUGGAAGUGGAAAUCGCCGACACCGGUAAAAAAGUUCUGGUCAACAAAGAUGAUAUCCAAAAGAUGAACCCACCGAAGUUCAACAAGGUGGAAGACAUGGCAGAGCUGACUUGCCUGAAUGAGGCUUCGGUCCUGCACAAUCUGAAGGACAGAUACUUCUCUGGCUUGAUCUAUACGUACUCGGGCCUCUUCUGCGUGGUGGUGAACCCGUACCGCCGGCUGCCCAUCUACUCGGAGAAGGUGGUGGAGCUCUACAAGGGCAAGAAGCGCCACGAGGUGCCGCCGCACGUGUUCGCCGUCACCGACAAUGCCUACAGGAGCAUGCUGCAGGGUGCAGUGCGACGCCCGCAUCAAGAAGCUGGAGGAGGAGAUGGCCCUGUCGGAGGACAUCAACCAGAAGCUGCAGAAGGAGCGCAAGAUGCUGGAGGAGCGCGGCACCGACCUGGGCCAGACGCUGGUGGAGGAAGAGGAGCGAUCCAAGCACCUGACCAAGCUGAAGGCCAAGCACGAGUCGACCAUCGCCGACCUGGAGGAGCGCCUGCGCAAGGAGCAGCAGCUGCGGCAGGAGCUGGAGCGUGUCAAGCGCCGCAUGGAGACCGAGAUCAACGACCUCAAGGAACAACUGGCCGAGAAGAAGGCCCAAGUGGAGGACCUCCAGCUGCAGCUGGCCAAGCGCGAGGAGGAACUGACCCAGGCCAUGAUGAAGGUGGACGAGGAGGCGGCCGGCAAGGCGCAGUCGCAGAAGGCCCUCAGGGAGGUGGAGAGCCAGCUGACGGAGCUGCAAGAGGACCUCGAGUCGGAGCGUGACGCGCGCAACAAGGCCGAGAAACAAAAGCGCGACCUUAAUGAGGAGCUGGAGGCGCUCAAGAACGAGCUGCUCGACUCGCUGGACACGACGGCCGCCCAGCAGGAGCUGCGCACCAAGCGCGAGGAGGAGCUGACCAAGAUGCAGAAGGCCGUGGAGGAGCAGCAGCAGCAUCACGACCAGGUGAUCCAGGAGGUGCGCCACAAACACAGCGGCGUCAUAGAGGACCUGAACGAGCAGAUCGACUCGCUGAAGAAGGCCAAGCAGCAGCUGGAGAAGACCAAGCAGCAGCUGGAGGCGGAGAACGCCGACUUGGCGCACGACAUCAAGGCGGUCACCACGUCCCGCACCGAGUCUGAGCGCAAGCGCAAGCAGCAGGAGUCGCAGAUGAGCGAGCUGACCAUCAAGCUGCAGGAGUCGGACCGCGCCCGCCAGGAGUUCCAGGAGAAGGUUGUGCGCGCCCAGAGUGAGGUGGAGUCGCUGGCCACCCAACUGGAGCAGAUCGAGACCAAGGCCACCCAGUCGGCCAAGUCCUCCACCACGCUGGAGGCCAACCUCGCCGAGGCGCAAGGUCUGCUGGAGGAGGAGACGCGCCAGAAGCUGGCGCUCAACUCCCGGCUGCGCUCGGCCGAGGAGCAGCGCGGCCAGCUGCAGGACCAGCUGGAGGAGGAGGAGGAGGCCAAGCUGCAGCUCGAGAAGCAGGUGGUCACCCUCCAAACCCAGAUGGCCGACCUCAAGAAGCGCGAGGCGGAGGAGGCCGAGACCGUGCAGCAGCUGGAGGAGGCCAGGAAGCGCCAGAGCAAGGAGAUCGAGGAGCUGCGCCACCAGGUGGAGGAGAUGCAGGCGGCCAACGACAAGCUGGACCGCAGCAAGAAGAAGCUGCAGGCCGAGCUGGACGAUGUCACCAUCGACCUGGACGCCCAGCGCGCCAAGCUCUCCGAGCUGGAGAAGAAACAGCGCAACUUCGACAAGGCCAUGAACGAGGAGAAGUCGCUGUGCGAGCAGAUCUCCCAGGAGCGCGAUAACGCCGAGCGCGAGGCGCGCGAGAAGGAGACCAAGGUGCUGUCGCUGACGCGCGAGCUGGACGAGGCGCAGACGGUGCGCGAGGAGCUGGAGAAGUCGCGCCGCCAGCUGCAGAACGAGCUCGACGAGCUGGUCAACUCGCAAGGCACAGCCGACAAGAACGUGCACGAGCUGGAGAAGGCCAAGCGGACGCUGGAGAGCCAGCUGGCCGACAUGAAGACGCAGAUGGAGGAGCUGGAGGACGAUCUGCAGAUGACCGAGGAUGCCAAGCUGCGGCUGGAGGUCAACAUGCAGGCGCUCAAGGCGCAGUUCGAGCGCGACAUGCAGGCCAAGGAGGAGCAGGCGGAGGAGAAGCGGCGCGCCCUGCUGAAGCAGCUGCGCGACCUGGAGAUGGAGCUGGACGACGAGCGGAAACAGCGCGGCUCCAGCUCGGCGCUGCGCAAGAAGCUGGAGGCCGACUACAAGGACCUCGAGCAGCAGAUGGAGAUGAACAACAAGCUCAACGACGCGCUGAAGCAGCUGAAGAAGAUGCAGAUGCUGCUCAAGGACAGCCAGCAGCAGGCGGAGGAGGCGCGCCUCAGUCGCGAGGAGAUGGUCACCCAGUGCAAGGAGGCCGAGAAGAAGAACAAGACGCUGGAGGCGGAGCUGAUCCAGCUGCAGGAGGACCUCUCGUCGGCCGAGCGCGCGCGCAAGAGCGCCGAACAGGAGCGCGACGAGCUGCACGAGGAGAUCGCCAACAACGCCAGCAAGGGUAACCUGCUGGCGGACGAGAAGCGCCGGCUGGAAGCCCGCAUCUCGGCGCUGGAGGACGAGCUGGAGGAGGAGCAGUCCAACUCUGAAAUCCUCAUGGACCGCGCGCGCAAGGGUCAGCUGCAGCUGGAGCAGGUCACCACCGAGCUGGCCACGGAGCGCUCGGCCACGCAGAAGCUCGAGAGCAGCCGCAUGAUGAUGGAGCGACAGAACAAGGAGCUCAAGGCCAAGCUCUCGGAGCUGGAGGGCGACCAGCGCUCGCGCACCAAGGCCACCAUCGCCGCGCUCGAGUCCAAGCUGCGCAACCUGGACGAGCAGCUGGAGGGCGAGGCCAAGGAGCGCCUGCUGCAGGCCAAGGCCAACCGCAAGCUGGAGAAACGCAUGAAGGAGCUGAUUAUGCAGCUGGAGGACGAGCGACGCCACGCCGACCAGUACAAGGAGCAGGUGGAGAAGGUCAACUCGCGCGUCAAGGCGCUGAAGCGCCAGCUGGACGAGACCGAGGAGGAGCUGUCGCGCGAGAAGAGCCAGAAGCGCAAGGCGCAGCGCGAGCUGGAAGACAUGCUGGAAACGCAGGAGACCACCAACCGCGAGCUCGCCACGCUGCGAAACAAGCUGAGCAUCGCAGAGGCGGAGGCGGUGCUGUUGGAGGUCAAGCAGCAGAAGAGACGCGGCGGCGCCGGCCUGGGCGUCUCCUCGUCGCGUCUGCUGAGCGGCAUCAAGCGCAGCAGCCUGCAGACGACGGCCAGCGGCGACGACUCGGCCUCCUCGCUGCCCGACGAAAGCGUCGACGGCGACGGCGAGGCCGACGCUUGAGCUGCGCGCGCGCGCGCCCGCAGGAGCGCGCCACAUUCCGUCUGGGGUCUGCCGCCGGCCCCGCCCGUGCGAGAUGUGAUGUGAUUGUCUGAACGUGAUGGUGAUGCCAGUGCGCGCGUGUGAGGGCGCGGCAGGGGCGAGCGUUGCGCCCGCCGCCGCCGCCGCCGCCGCCUGCGAGUAUGCAUACAUAUAUUUUUCAUAUAGGCGCGUACUUUUAUAAGCAGGCGCGGCUGGCGACGCCGCGAAGGUGGGGCGGCCGGCGGCUUACUGGCAGCGCGCCGGCCGCUGGCCGCGCUCCACUAAUCCGCUUCAUACGAGGACUGUCCCAGACUAACUUGUGUGUAGAGGCCGGCCGCCGCCUUGUUUGCCAUAUUGGACGCCAGGGGCGCUGCGGUCGCCCCGUGGCUGGCCGGAGUGCGUUAGUGUAAGGCUGGGCGCGCGCGCUUGAGCGCGCGGCGCCGCCCACUACGAAUCGUGCGUUUGUCCGGCCUUCGACAUUGUUAUUGCUCCUUUCCAAGGCACGCUUUUCGGUGCGUGAGUAAUUCGUGUAGAAAUUGAAUACUUAAUAGUUAAUAAAGAAAAAUCAAGGUG